AUGAAGACUCUAGUAACGAUCGUACUUCUAUCUGCUGUUGCAUGUGUGGUGGAGCUAAAAUCGGAUUUGAAAAAGCAAAAACGCGGUGUAGCAUUUUUUGGGUCGCCUGAUUUAUUUGGGAUUAUGCCAGCAUUCAGUUCUGCGUCAUGGGCUCCCACGAAUUUUGCGGCUUCAGCCUGGAAUCCAGGCUUGAGUACUCCAGAUAUUACGCUCGCACAAGUUCAAGUUCAGGCCGGACACAAUGUAGCACUUCAGGCGUUAAAGGACCCGGCACCUGGCACGCCCAGCAUCGCAUAUCCUUCUGAAGUUUUGAAAGCGAUUCAGCAAGCAAAAGAAGCGAAUAACAAUGUUGUCCUGGCCCAACAUAAAGUUGCAGAAGCGAAGCAAGCCACGCUGUUUCAGCAGAAAAUUGCUUUAUCAAAGGAGAUAGCAGCGAGAGAAGCUGCUGCCAGAUCGCAAAAAAUUUCUCAACACGCAGAGGCCGAAGCUAAAGCCAGCGCUCGACAACUUGUGGCGCUUCAACAGAGAUUAGCAACUCUAAAAGGAGCUGUAGCAGCUGCGCAAAGAGUAGCGGCAGCUAGAGAAGCCGCCGCAGCUGCGGCGAUCCAAAGAAACGCAGCUGAAACUGCCGCGGAAUUACAAAAACAGGAGGUUGAUAAACAAAUUAGCCAGAGCGAACAGGAAGCUAAGGUACUAUCAUAA